UUAUUUUUUACUCUUUAAUUCCCUAAAUUGCCCCUGUCACUCACUUUAUUGACUAAUAUUUUUAUUCUUCCUCGACAGUCGUGUCUUCUUCCAGCUCUAAAAGACCAUUUUAGUGGUCGACGGCCAUCGCCAUCGCCGUCUGAUCGAGAUCCAGCUAAGCGACCCGAGUCCUCACUCAAUCACUCAUUCUCGAACUCGUUCUCAAUCGACUCACUAGCUUCGUAGCCAUGAGGCAAUCCAGCCGAAUAGAAAUCUUCGAUCCUUUCUACUGCCCUGCUUCGUCCUUGUUUCUGAACGAAACCUCCAUUUUGCCUCCCAGAGCGCUCGGUUUCCCGUCGUCGUUCAUUUCCGAGCAUGAAGAAGUUGACGAGCUGAGCUCGGCGUUCGAGCUCCUGGCCCCACGAGCCAGCGGGUUCGAGCUGUUUGAUACAGUGACGGAUCUGAUCCAGGUCGACAAAACGUCGUCGUACUGCUCCUACAAGAGGGUCCAGCAGCGGGCGGGGCCGGAGUUGUAUCUGCAGAAGAUCUCCGAUCGAGUGAGUGCUCUGGAGUCGAAGUUUGAACAGCUGGUUGGCAAGUCGAAGAGCAAAGUUGGAGGAGAAUGGAAGUAUACUUGGACGGCGGAGAUCAAUGGGCCAGUGGAGAGGAAGUACAAGUGGAUGGCAGAGAUCAAGGGGGCAGCAGAGGAGGAGGAGGUGAAGAAGGAGAAGAAGCAGGUCCCGGUGAAGAGAGCUCCAGUGGAGAAGAAGUACAAGUGGACGGCUGAGAUUAAGGGGAAAGGAGAGGAGUCGCGGAAGUACGUCUUUGAAGUAUCCAGCGGCGGCGGUGCGAACAAGAGCAACGAAUCGGGCAAAAAGGACAAGAAGAAGGAAGUGACGAAAGAGGAAGAGAAGAAGUCCAAGAAGAAUGGCGUUCGCGUGGUGGAGAUUGAAGAGCCUGAAGCUGAUCAUGGCGUCGUGGUUCUCAGACAGGCAUUUGCUAAGAGAGCUGGGGCAUUGAGGACGAUGUAGGGGAAGAAGAAGGAACUGUCUCCCCAAGAUGCAGCAUUGUUGAUCCAGAUCACUUUCAGGGCUUAUCUGAUCAGGAGGUCCCAGGCUCUUCGUGCUCUCAGAGAGCUGGCGAUCGCCAAGGCCAAAUUGAAAGAGAUCAGGGAGUUGUUCAACAACUUCUCUUACCGUCGUCAAGUUUCCAGGGAUACUGAAGAGCGGCAGAGGUUCACUGAGAAGAUCAUUGUACUGCUGCUCACUGUUGAUUCCAUCGAGGGAGCUGAUCUGAUGGUGAGAGCUUCAAAGAGGUCGAUGGUGGAUGAGCUGGAGGCCAUGCUGGAUGUGGUGGACCCACAGCCCGCCGGGGGAAGGUCACUAUCGAUGAGGAGACGGACAUUUGACAUGCCCGACGGCACCAUCAGGAAGGAAAUCGCUGAAGGCGUGGCACAAGUCGUGCAGAUGCUUGAAGAAGAAGAAGAAGCGGAUGAGUGAGAGCGCGCAUGGGCGACGACGCCUUUUACUUGGUGUCUUUAGAGAGCUAGGUAUAAGUUUAAGUUGUAUCGGGCUG